CCACCAAAGGAAACCUUCUCCUCAUCUUCCUCUUUUAGCCGACAAGCUUCCAUAGCAGCAAACCAAAUUCAAUUCAAUUCAAUGGUUUCAUUUCAACAGGGCAUGCAGCAUUUUCGAAAUUACUACAACUCAGAAGCUUCAAUGAUAGGAAGUAGCUUUCCCCGGACAUUCCUCUCACAAACAUACAAGAACAGUUUCUCAAAGCCAAGAUCAACUGAAGAGAUCAAAUUAUUGGCUGCUAAGAAACACAGUGAAGCAGAAAAGAGACGUAGAACGCGAAUCAAUGGUCAAUAUGACACGCUCCGCAACACCCUCCCCAACAUAAUCAAAAAGGACAAAGCAACAGUACUGUCAGAGACUAUCAAGCAAGUGAAGGAGCUGAGGAAAAAAGUAUCCAAAUUGGAAGUUGAUGGUCCAAAGGAGGUUAAGUUUCCUAGUGGGGCAGAUAGACUGAACUUGGAAAAAUGCAAUGAAGACAAAGGUAUGAUAGUGAAGGCCACUUUAAGCUGUGAGGAUAGGCCUGAAUUGAUGUCAGCCAUAGCAAGGGCUCUGAGGUCAAUGAAAGCCAAUGUGAUAAAGGCUGAGAUGUUGACUGUGGGUGGAAGAACCAGAACUGUGUUGUGGGUGCAAGGUAUUGGUACUGAAGGUUUGGGGAAGCUCAAGAGUACUUUGAAGGUUGUCAUGCACAAGCCAAGCUUUAAGAUGAGGAGGUUUACUCAAUAACUGUUUGUGUUGUAGGAUUCACUUUAUCCUAACUUCUAAUGGUGGUGGAAUAUUGACUCAGUCAGGAGCUAUAACAAGUAAGGCUAAUAAUAAUGACUUUAGGGACUUUCAACUGGUUUGGAUGUAAAAUAAAGAGCACUUCUUGAAGCUUAUCUAGUGCUUUUUUUUAAGUAGAUAAGCUUCAAUAAGUCUGUAUCCAAACAAGCUCUUUAGCUAAUAAGUAAUAACCUUUGCAGUUAACAUGCACCUAUUAGCAUGUAUAUUAUGGAUAUCAUGUUUGACUCUUCAUGUGAAGUGUAUAAUAACAUGACAGGUUAACAUGUAAGCAGCCUCAUGUUAGUCAUCAUUAGUUUGUAAUACUAAUACCAUAACCUGAGUUAUAGAGAAGGAAGCAAAAAGUGUGGAGAACAAAAAAAAAAUCAGUUUCAUGCCAAUGUGAAGAGAUACAAAGUACAAAUUGUUGUUUCUAAGAAAUUGAAUAAAAUCUCAAUGGCUGCCUUUUAUUUAUGUUAUAAAGUGGUUAUCAGCUUUGUAAAUUAAGUAAUGAAUUAUUAAUCAUUUUGUUUUUAUUGAUUAAAAAUUCAUUCUUGAAUGGAGCAUGAACAUGAAACAGGAACCCUCACCCUACUUGUAUGAUUCAAAUGAUGAUUUUCACUAUACCAAAAAUGUCCCAGAUGAUUGCUACCUCAACUCAAAUUCAAAUGUAUCUCACUUGUUCUUCUCAUUUGUAAACCAGAAAUUGAGCAGAGAAUGAAACACUG